CAAAACCAUUAUUAUUAUUAUUAUUAUUAUUAUUAUUAUUAUUAUUAUUAUUAUUAUUAUUAUUAUUAUCCUAUAGUGGAAAACAGAAUAUUAUUAUUAUUAUUAUUAUUAUUCUGAAACUGAAGAGUUUUACAUAGACACAUAACUUGCAAGAAAAGGAAUUAGUAUGUCUCUGCUGUGAAUAUGAUGUUUAUGAAUGAGUUUUUUUCAGUAGGUUUCAUGUAAGUUGACAGUAAAUAAAUUUGAAUUUCCCUAUUGAAAAUAAAUUUGAAUUAUGUUAUUUCAGCCAAUAAACUAAUUUGUUGUUUAUUUUUAAUAAAAUACCUCGUUUUCCAUAUCUGCCAUCCUUGCUUCAAGUUCUUCCAGGGUCAGCCGUGGUGGCUCCUCUUGGUCAGCAAUAUUAUAUUGAUUGGGAGGCUGAACUGCUACUUCCAUGACAUUAGGUGGGUUAUUAUCUGGCAAGAUCUCUGGAAUAUUGAGGUUGCCGUAGAUUCUGGUGGCUGUAGUUGUUGACAAAAAUUUGUAACCUGCAAGAUGUAAUAUUAUGAUUAAUAUAAAUUUGUUAGUGCUGAAUUUGUAUGCUUAAUUGUUACCUUUAUAUUCUUUAACUACGAUGGAAGUGAUGAUCAAUAGUAUUGCUUCAUUUGCAUUUGCAGCAAUGAUGUUGUUAAAUUGCUCUAUAAUUUCACCACGUAAUGUGACUUGAACCCUUUCUUCCCUGCAUGUAUUUUGAGUGGGGUUCAUAUGAAAGUAAGUACUUUGUUAACAGUCUGAAAUGAUUAAAUCUAUUGAAUCAACAUGAAAUUGAUAGGUUUGAUUAUAUUACCCUGGGAGGCUAAUUUGAAGUUCUUUUCUGACUGUUUGUGUUGUUCCAUUGGAAUGGCUUGCGGUUGUCGAGUACUCUCGAAGGCGGCCAAAGACAUCUGCAAUUCAUAGUUGGAAGAAAUUACUUACGUUUUUUCACCCAAUAUGAUAAAUUGAAUGUUGAGUUUAUUACCACUAAGAAUAUUGAUCUCGUUGCAUUUGUUGUCGAAGUCAGCAGACUUGAGGAAGCGAAAUUUGUAGCGGGGCAUUUCUUCAGUCUGUGUUGUCGGAUGUAUCAUUGUGUGUGUGGUAAAGUGAAUUGUCAGCGGGUUGUCAGUUGGCUGGUACGGUCCCAGUAUUCCCAACAACGCCGAGGCUCCUCAAUAGUUCUUCCCAUUUCUUUGCUAGCCCCUGCAUCCCAUCUUUCAUGUCACCUUCCCUCGACAUAUUACAACGAGUAUUCAGUAAAAUCAGUUGGAUGUUUAAUGCACUACCUUCCACGAGAGAUCUUAAGCCAUGCAGUUCUGGAUCAUUUCAGACAGUGCAGGAGUCCCAUAGGUUGCAACUGCCUUCUCGACUCCUCUAGCCACCGCCGCUCACAUCCACUGGAUCAACUUCAUCGCACUGCAGCAACAUUUUCGUACAUUUUUGGGAAUGACAUAUGAAAUGGAACGAGUCCAACGGGUCAACCUGAUAACCCAUCCAACCCGACCCAGAAACUCACAGGUUAAUCGGAUUCAAGUCAUUCGAGCUAUGAAAAUUCUAUUCAACCAUUGCAUUUCGGGUAAAAUUUUUUAAAAUCACAAUAAUUAUCGAAAAAACCCCAUAAUUUGCUAGGCAAAUACAUCGACGUCGCUUAUUUAGGACUUAACCGUUAAUUUUUAUAAGCGAGAUGAAAUCUCUUUUAGAGCAUCCACAUUGGUAUUGCAUUCUCAAUUGCAAAAUGACAUGACAUAGGUGUUUGCAAUUGCAAAACCAAUUGCAUUGAUGUGGCUACCAAUUGCAUAUUUGCAAACUUGCAACAAAUGCAAUUCCAUAUGCAAGUCAAAAAAGCCUAAAAAAUGGAGAUUUUUUAUUUUAUAUUAUUUUCUUUUCUCUUUUACUUAAUUUCAUAUAAUUUAAACAUAAUAUUUAAUUACAUUUGCAAUUGCAAGUUAAUUGCAUUGAUGUAGGUGAAUGAAAUGAAUGUGAUGUGGAUUGCAAAAAAAUUAAGUUAAAAAUAAAAAACACAAAUACAAUUUCUUUUGCAAUUGCAUUGAUGGAGAUGUUAUGUAUCCGUCGUUAACGAACUGCGAAAUGUGCGGAGAAGUGGGAACGAAGGCUCCGCCGCCGUAACCGCCCCGCCGGUCCGACUAUAGUGUUGUUUACUGCUUCUACUGAUCGGCGGAGCAAAACCGCCCCCAAAGCGAGUCCGCGAGUCCAAACAGUUUCCUCUCCGGGUCUUCUCUCUCUCUCUCUCUCUGUCAUCAUUCCUUUCCUUAAAUUACUGCUUCCCUUCCCAUUCCGCGCUGACCAUCUUUCUUCUCCCAUCGCCAUUCCAAUUUUGAAGCAGAUCUCUCUCUCGUCUCUUCUGCCGCCUACCUCAACUGCAUCAAUGGAUCUCUCAAUUGCGUUGCCAUUCCCCUCCAUUACCACCAAACCCUUUCCUUCCCAUCUUCUUCUUUCCCGCCCUCUCUUCCCCAGCUCUUCGCCCGGAAGAUCCUUGCUCUCUACUCGAAACCCCUCUUCUUCCCGCCACAAUCACCGCACUCCUCGACAACGACUCCGCCGCCGCGCUUCCGCCGUCGAUGACGACGAUGGCGGCUUCGUCCUCGAAGAUGUCCCUCACCUGUCCGAUUUCCUCCCCAAUCUCCCCCUGUAUCCCAAUCCUUUGGAGAAGAGCCAAGCUUAUGCCAUUGUCAAGCAAACCUUCGUCGGCCAGGAAGAUGCGGUGGCGCAGCAGGUCGUUGUUCAUAAAGGCAGCCCCCGAGGAGUACACUUCCGGCGAGCCGGCCCUCGAGAAAAGGUGUACUUUAAGCCUGACGAGGUUCGGGCUUGCGUAGUCACAUGUGGAGGGUUGUGCCCAGGGAUCAAUACAGUCAUCCGGGAGAUAGUUUGUGGGUUGAACUACAUGUAUGGUGUGGAUGACAUUCUUGGUAUCGUGGGAGGGUAUAGAGGCUUCUACUCUAAGAACACUGUGAAGCUGACCCCUAAAGUUGUGAACGAUAUCCAUAAACGUGGCGGCACUACCCUUUUGACAUCUAGGGGAGGUCAUGAUACGGUUAAGAUAGUUGACAGCAUUCAGGACAGGGGAAUUAAUCAGGUGUACAUAAUUGGAGGUGAUGGGACCCAGAAAGGAGCAGCUCUAAUUCAUGAGGAAGUUGAGAAACGUGGUAUGAAAGUAGCAGUUGCUGGGAUUCCCAAGACCAUUGACAAUGACAUAGCUGUGAUAGACAAAUCGUUUGGGUUUGAUACUGCUGUUGAAGAAGCUCAGAGAGCAAUUAAUGCUGCGUAUGUAGAGGUUGAGUGUGUGGAAAACGGAGUUGGAGUAGUCAAGCUGAUGGGACGAUAUAGUGGAUUCAUUGCUAUGCAUACAACUUUGGCCAGUCGAGAUGUGGAUUGUUGCUUGAUUCCAGAAUCUCCAUUUUAUCUGGAAGGUCAAGGCGGGCUGUUCCAAUUCAUUGAAAGCCGGAUGAAAGAAAAUGGGCAUGUGGUUAUUGUGAUAGCUGAAGGAGCAGGGCAGGAAUUUGUUGCUCAGAGCAUCCAUGACGUCAAUCAGAAAGAUGCAUCAGGAAACAGGCUACUUCUUGAUGUUGGUCUCUGGUUGUCUCAUAAGAUUAAGGAUCACUUCACACAAGUUCGGGAGAUGGAUGUAAAUAUGAAAUACAUAGAUCCAACAUACAUGAUACGGGCUAUUCCAAGUAACGCAUCAGACAACAUAUACUGCACUCUUCUCGCACAAAGUGCCGUACAUGGGGCGAUGGCUGGGUACACAGGCUUCACAGUUGGACCAGUUAAUGGCAAACACGCCUACAUACCCAUUGCUCGGGUCACAGAGACACAGAACACAGUGAGAUUGACGGACAGGAUGUGGGCUAGGCUUCUUUCCUCAACAAACCAGCCAAGUUUCUUGAAUUCCUGUGAUGAUAUUUUGUUGCAACAAGAAAGAGUCGACAGAGACACGGUCGAUAUGAUUCACAAAAUGAAGAUUACUUCCACAUAGACACCACCAUUCAAUUGCUGGCUCUAAAGCUCAACACGGAGAAGCGCAUCGGGCGUGGCAUGUAUCAGCAGCACAACAAUCGCAAGCUAGCUUCCAUGAUGUCGGAGGAAGGUACAAUGUGUUUGCAUGCUGAGUUGAAUAUCAUUUUGUUGUAUGUGUAGGAUGAAAGACUGUUGUGCUUGGUUGAGUUGAAGUGUAAACAAGAGUAUAGAUAGGCGGGGGAAACAAUAAUGAAGAAAACAGAGUAGCAACUUGAUUUCGACUUUGCAGAUAAUACCAAAUGAUAGGUUUUUUGUCUGUCUGUCUGUCUGUUCCAUCCAUCAUUCCAACCACAAGUGGCAGUGGGUUGGUUCUUCCUUCCUAGUAGCUAUCUGGCACACCAUGCACGUCGGCUGCGCGCAAGUUGCAGACGUAGGCAUUGGUUAUCUUUCUAUCUGUUCUAAUCUGUCCACCGUAAUUGCCACUUGCUGCUUUCUGUUGCUAGCUUAGGUAGAACUUGAGAGCAGUCCGUCGGUUUCAUUACAAGUUGGGUCGUGUAGGGUAGCUCCUUGAGAGCGCGAUGGCUUUAGGGAUGGAUAGUAUUUUGCAGUUGCUGCUCGGAGUUUAUCCGGAUCUGCGAUUCCUGGAACUACAAGCAAGCAAGCAAGUGGGCUUUGAUUGCAUUGGCAAGUUGCUGGAUUGGAUGGAUUGACUCCGACGGUGACUCUGACUCUAGUUUCACUCGGUGAUUUGUCGAGCUCAACUCGUAAGCCAGGUCGUUUAGGACUAUUAGCUGACUCGAUACCAUGGCUAGCUAGCAAGCCACCUCAACUAACAACGUGUGAGCGAAUCGGUUAUUAACUUUUCAUUGGCUUGUUGAUAACUCAUAAGUUUGCUAAAUUGUAAAUCUCAUCACAUGAUGUUUAAGAAUUUGAGUACGUAAUCAGAUUUGCCUAAUUUAUACUUGAAAGAGAGAUUGUGUACGUAAAUAAUUACUUUAAUAUUAAAUUACAUGAUAUGACCCGUUAAGAAUAUGAUAUCUUAGUCCGAGCACAUCUUGUGAAAUAUAAUAUAUCAUUAAUGAGUCAACCUCGAGGAGAGCUCGAGUCAAACACAAAUCAAUAUAUUAGUAAACAAGUCGAGCUAGUUUCAUUUUUAACUAACUCGGACUCAAUUCAAUUCAUUUGAAGCCAUGUGCAGGAAUAGUUAAAAAUCAAACUAGCUUUGUACAAGUGUAUGAUCUUAUUUUAUUUGUCUUCGAUUAGUAUAGUGGAUAUAGCAAAGCUAUUUCAUUCCUUGUGAUAGGGUUGCAAAUGAACUGAACAUAAUAAUUGAGUUUUCACCUAAUUUGAGCUCGACUAGUUAGUAAACAAGUCAAAUUCGAGCUCGGCUUGUUUACGAAAAUAUUGGGUUGCAAAUGAACUUAAUGAUCAUUA